AUGGAAGAAUAUUUAAGAAACAAAUAUAUGAAAAAAAAUAUAAAAAAAGGCAAAGAAAAGAAAAAAGGAAAUAUAAAAAUUUAUGAUUGUGAAGAAGAAGAAGACAUAAAUGAAAAUGAUAUAUAUAAACAUAAAAAAAAAAAAAAUAUGGAUCAAUAUGAUCAAAUAUAUUAUAGAGAAGAAUUCGAUAAUUAUGUAGAAUCUAAUGAAGACGUGUCAGAUGUCCCAAUUACCAUAACGGACACAAACACUAUGAAUGUUAUAGAGAUAUCUAAUAAAAAUAAAAAAAAAAUUUUAGAUUCCUUACAAAGUGGUCGUAUAAUACAAACUUCUUAUGAUAAAAAGAAAAAAAAAAAAAAAAGUAAAAAAAGGGAAAGCGAUUCGGAUAUAUCCAUUUGUAGGAAUAAACAUAAUGAUAAAAGCGAUUCGGAUAUGUCCAUUUGUAGGAAUAAACAUAAUGAUAAAAGCGAUUCGGAUAUAUCCAUUUGUAGGAAUAAACAUAAUGAUAAAAACGAUUCGGAUAUGUCCAUUUGUAGGAAUACAAAAAAUAAUAAAAAUGAAAAGAAAAAUCAUUCACGUUCUUCAUCAUAUACCUUUUCGAGUUCGAGGGAAAGUAAUCAUUCUGAUGUAAAAUUAACAAACAAACCUUCAAAUAAACAUGAAUUCAUGUUACGUAAGGGAAAAUAUAAUAGUGAUGAAGAAGAAGAUAAGAAAUCUUCUUAUUCUAAAGAUAGUGAAAGUAAGAAAAAUCAAAAAACAAUUUACAGAGAUAAAAGCGGUAAAAUAAUAUCAAGAGAAAAAUGGAUUGAAGAACAAAAAAAAGAAAUGAAAUAUAAACAUGGAAAAUAUAAAGAUAAAAGAAAAAAACAAGAAGAGGAAAAAAAAAGAAAGUUAGAAUGGGAUGGUGGAUUAGUACAAAAAGAUAUAAGACAAAAAAAUAUCGAAGAAAAUGAAAAAUUAAUUAAGAAGAAAAAUAUUAUCAAUUAUGAAUUUGAUUCUGAUUAUGAUAUAGAAUUAAAAAUGAAAAAAAGAAAAGAUGAUCCCAUGAAUAUAUAUAUAGAAGCAAAGGAAGAAAAUCAAGAAAACAAAAAACUCACAUGUCGUUAUCAAUCACCUUACAAUCGUUUUAAUAUUCAAGCUGGUUAUAGAUGGGAUGGUGUUAUAAGAGGUAAUGGAUUUGAAGAAAGAAGAUUAGAAGCACAAAAAAUGAAAGAGCAAGAAAAUAAAUUAACCUACAUAAAUAAUACAGCAGAUUUGUGA